AUGAGUCUAUAAGGAGAAGAUAAAAAUGAUGAAAAAAAAGUAUAAAUUAUAGUUGAAUACGUGGAACUGAGCAAAAAUUAUACAAUUUAAUGCCCCAUCAAUAUUUCAGUUUAUAAUUUAGUAUAUAUUAUCUCUGAAGUGAUUAAUAAACCAUCGAAUAUGAUCUUUUUAAGAUAUCAUAACAAGACGUUGGACUUAGAUACAAUUCUUUAGGAUUUUUGCUAAGAAAAUUAGAUUAUAGUUCUCUCUUUGAAUGUUAUAUCAGAUGCUGGUUUUAGACUUUGGUGA